UUGGCGGGGCGGUGCCCGGGCUUGUGUGAUUGGCAGCAGGCGCUGCGCCCGCCCGCCCGCGGUAUCGCCCUGGUGCCCGGAGCCCGGAGCCGACGGGGAGACAGCGCUGGGGCUGCGCAAUGAGCGGCUCGGGGCUGCUGCGGGUGCCGGUGCCCGGGGGCGAGGAGGAGGAAGAGGAGGAGGAGGAGGAGGAGGAGGAUGCAUUCAAGGUGCACCUGAUCCCCAGGUCCUCGCCCACCCCGAGGAGGAGAGACAGGAGCCCGGAGGAGGCGGAGGAGCCCUCCCUGAGCCGCAAGGUCCACUUUGCAGACAGCUGCGGGCUGGACCUGGUGCACCUGCAGUACUACUGCCAGUUCGAGCCCUCGGAGCCCCGGGAGGCGGAGGGAGGGGAGAGCCGGCUGGGAUUCCGCCUCCGCCCGGCCUUCGCCCUGCCCGCCUCGCCCGGCCAGCUGCUGGGGCGGGUGGAGGAGCAGGGGCUGGAGCUGGAGUCGGUCGAGCCGCUGGAGGACCCGCUGUCGGUGCGGGGGCUGGUCCGGGUGCUCAACGUGGACUUCCAGAAGGUGGUGCAGGUGCGGGCCACGCUGGACGGCUGGGCCACCUUCUACGACUACCCGGCAGAGCACGUGGAGACAGCAGCAGAUGGCCGCACUGACCUCUUCGCCUUCAGCCUGACCUUCCCCCAGGCCUGCGCCCAGGACGGGGCCACGAUGGCCUUCGUGCUGCGCUACGAGACGCCGGGCGGCGUCCGCUGGGCCAACAACGGGGGAGACAACUACUCGCUGGUCUGCGAGGCUGACAAAAGCCAGGAGGAGGAGGAGGUGGGUGCUCCAGCCGCCGGCAGGGAGGACCGGGAGCUGCGCAGCUGCCUGAAGACCACCUCGCUCAGGUACGGAGAGCGGGAUGAGGACCCAGAGGAGCUGGACACAGGGAAUCGUGACUGGACCAAUGACACCGAGACGGCUGACCCCACUCCUCCCGGGAACAGCGCCCUACAGAUUCCCAGGGUACAGGUCAGCCAGCUCUUGACGCAGCCCCUCCCAGACAAAACGACGGAGAGCCCCCCUCCAUGGGACACCUUCACCCCCAUUGAGGUGGGACAGGAGCCAGGGGAGGGGCAGGAAACCCCUGCCCAACAGCGACACCCCCCGGGAGCGUCCGGCCUGCCGGAGGGAUGCGGAGCGGAGGUCCCGGGAGAAUGGAGGGAGGGCGGUGGGCUCCCCGAGGCCGAGGGGGAGACCCGGGCAGAAGUCCCGCCGCCUUCCCCCGGAGAGGAGUGUCCUGGAGCGGGAACGUCAUGGGCGGGGAGCGAGCCGGAGGCGGGACCGUCGUGCACGGGCAGCGGAGCUCCGGAAGCAGGAGAGGGGCCCUCUCCCUGGUGCCAGGAACCCCCACCCCCCGCCCAUCUCCAGGACCCAGGGGGAGGUGAGCCUCCCACCCCUGGGUCCUGGGAGCAGGGGUGUGCUGAGGGAGAGGUGGGGAGUGGGCGGCAGGAGGCUGGAGCCGGGGACAAUGAGGGUGAGGGGGGUGCGCUUGGGGCACAGCUCGACCUGGAGUCCCUGGCAGCCCUCAAGGAUGUGGCCGCCCUCACCACUCGCUCCCUCCAGGUACUAGUCUUCCUGCGGGUGGCUGCAGAGGGUUCUGGCUCUCUGCUCUGGUGCACCCUUUACCUGCUCUCCACCUUCCUGCCCUAGGUAACCCCGGCCCGCCCCUCCCCGCACCGUGACACAGGACGGAUUCCCCCUCCGCCUUGCUCCUUCCGAUGCCACACCGCGCAGAGUGCCUUGUGGAAGUCCAUGUGGACUCCAACUGCCCCGCGUAACGUUGACCUACACGAACCAGCUCCUCGUGCAAUGUCCCUCCCAGCCCCUGAGCCCCCAACCCUGAAGGUCACUGAGCCCCCGCGUCCCCUUCCUGUUCCUGUUGUGUACCACGGCUUCCAAACCUCACACUGAGAAGCGCAGGACCCGAGGUGACCCCCACCCCCCCUCCCAAAUUAUUGGGGUGUUGGUGGGGGUACCCCAUCUGCCUCGCUAACGUCCCAUGCCACCCUUGCCUGCUUUGAGUCUCAGUGUGACUUGCGAUCCAGAAAUACCCCGAGAGGGGUCCCGUAGACUCUCUUGGCCAGCAGUGCCCACUACCCUGUUUGUAAACCACCCCCUUCAGAUGUGGGCAGGCUACCACGGUGCCAUGCCGUGGAUUAACCUGCCCCACUCGCCUCGGGGGCUGGGAAUUGUCAGGUACUGGCAAUUUGUCGGCCUGAAGUCCCGCUACUUUCACCACUCCCUCCGAUCCCCCACAGGGGAGAUUGUCCCUCUCUCCUCGCUCUCACCUUAGUGGGGAGAGGCUGCUCCCAUUCCCCAGCGGUCCAGGGGGAAAUCUUCCUGUCUCAAGUGCAGCCAGGCGGGAGUCGGGGAGACUGCCAUGGGGUGAGCACUUGGGGAGCUAGAGGAAGUACGGAGAGAUGUGGGCGGGAGAAGGCAGUGUAUCAACCCCCACCCUCCAAAUCCCAACCUUAAACACACUCCCUCAACAAACCCCAAACAAUGUUCACACUACAGCCAACUAAGUGUGAGCGUGUGUGUGUUAGUGUGUGUAUAUAUACUGUGUCUGUGUGUGUGUGUGUCUGUGUGCGUGUGUGUCCCACAAAACCUGUACCAUUUCAACCAAAGAUGAAUAAAGUGUUGGCAAGUAACUUGGUGUCCUGCCUCUCUCUCACCCAAGCCCAGCACUCUCCUGGGUCACAGCUCCCUCCAGUACAGUCCACACCCACACUCCACAGCUCCCUGACCCG